AUGAAUGGAAUUAUCAAAGGAAGUAACAAAAAGCUAUUCGUGGAAGAGCUCAAGAUAAUUUAUGCGAUGCCUCCUCUUCGGGAUCCUUUCACGAAUUUUUUUUAUCAAAAAUUUAUCAAUAUUGAUAGAGAGUCUUGUCUUCGGUCAAAUCAUGCCGUGAAAAGCGCAAGUGUAUCACCUCGUUUGAACAGAAAGCAGACGGUCUUCCUUACACGAUUAAAGAAAUCUUCCGUCGAGAUUGGACAUUUAGAAAUGAGCGGUGGUGUUAAUAUUCAGUGA